UCCUCCUCUCCCCCGACAACAUGGCCGCGAAGUCGGACGGCGGCGGCAGCCCGGCCGUGCUGCUGGAGAGCCCGGGGGGCGGCGGCGGCGGGCGGCGGGAGGAGAGCGCGGCUCCCCCGGCGCGGCGGUACCGGCUGCGGGACGGGUGCUGGGUGCUCUGCGCCCUCCUCGUCUGCUUCGCGGACGGUGCCUCGGACCUGUGGCUGGCGGCCCAUUACUACGUGCGGGGUCAGCGGUGGUGGUUCGGGCUGACGCUGCUCUUCGUGCUGCUGCCCUCGCUCGUGGUGCAGCUCCUCAGCUUCAGGUGGUUCGUCUACGACUUCGCCGCCGGCAGCAGCACCAAGGACAGCGCCGGCAGCACCAAGGACAGAGCCCGCGGCCCCCGCGGCUGCUGCCGCCUCUGCGUCUGGAUGCUGCAGGGCCUCAUCCACCUCCUGCAGCUGGGGCAGGUCUGGAGGUACCUCCGCACGCUGUACCUGGGGCUGCAGAGCCGGUGGCAGGCCGAGCACCGCCGCCGGCACUUCUACUGGCGGAUGAUGUUCGAGAGCGCGGACAUCAGCAUGCUGCGGCUGCUGGAGACCUUCCUGAAGAGCGCGCCCCAGCUCGUGCUGCAGCUCAGCAUCAUGGUGCAGCAGAACAGCAUCGAGCCGCUGCAGGGGUUCUCGGCCUCAGCCUCGCUGGUCUCCCUGGCGUGGAUGAUCGCCUCCUACCAGAAGGUGCUGCGGGACUCACGGGAGGACAAGAUGCCCAUGUCCUACAAGGGGGCCGUGGUGCAGAUCCUGUGGCACCUCUUCACAAUCGCCGCCCGUGCCAUCGCCUUCGCCCUCUUUGCCUCCGUGUUCCAGCUCUACUUCGGCAUCUUCAUUGUCACCCACUGGUGCAUCAUGACCUUCUGGAUCAUCCAGGGCGAGACGGACUUCUGCAUGUCCAAGUGGGAGGAGAUCAUCUACAACAUGGUGGUGGGCAUCAUCUACAUCUUCUGCUGGUUCAAUGUCAAGGAGGGCCGGAGCCGCUACCGAAUGUGCAUCUACUACAUCAUCACGCUGUCGGAGAACGCCGCCCUCACCAUCCUCUGGUUCCUCUACUAUGACCGCAAGACCACCUCCGACUUUGACGCCUUAAUCCUCGUCUGCGUGGUCACCUCCAGCUUUGCCCUCGGCAUCUUCUUCAUGUUCAUCUACUACUGCCUCUUGCACCCCAACGGCCCCAUCUUCAGCUCCAGCACCGGAGGCUGCAUUUUCCGGCAGGCUCCAGCCCCGGUGCCGGGGUCCCCCGUGGAAGCCGUCACCAGCCCCCCCCGCUCGCUGCCGCGGACUACAGGGGGGGAGCGGGACGGGGCGCCGGGGGAGCGGGACAGUUGUGUGCCCGUCUUCCAGGUGAGACCCUGCGCGCCGCCGGCGCCGGCCGCCCGCGCCCCGCGGACAGAGAGGCCCGUCAUCCGCAUUGACCUGCCCAGGAAGAAGUACCCGGCCUGGGACGCCCACUUCAUCGACCGGCGCCUGCGGAAAACCAUCCUGGCGCUGGAGUACGCGUCGCCCAUCACCCCGCGCCUGCAGUACCGCACCCCCGGCAUCCCCCAGGAGGUGCUGGAGUACGAGACCACAGUGUAGGGCAGGGGGGUGCGGGGCCACGGCCGGGUCCUCCGGUGCCAUCCCGACCACCCUGCGGCUUCGCAGCCGUUUGCCUUUCUGUUGGGUUUGUGGGCGCUGCCAAGCACCCCACGGGCCGGGGCCGGGGAGGUCUCUUGGUGCUAUCCCCCACCCUGCGCCACGCUCCCACAGCCGAGACCCCUGUUCCACCCCACGGCUCCCCCCGGGGCUCGUCCUUGCCAAAUACCUCACCGGUGCCUGAGCCCGAGGCGGUGGGUGCUGCGGCCCCAUGGUGCUCAUCCGUGUCCAUGGUGCAGGAUGGGGACUGGGGGUACCCCGGGCUGGGGGCCGGCAGCUGCAAGGGGCUUGGGGCAUGGUGGGGCACAGUGUGACCUGGGUGGGUAGCAUAUGGGGUCACGGGUGCCUGUGUGACAGCAAGGCCGUGGGGCUGGAGUGUGGCUGAACUGGGGUGUGCAUGGGGCUUGUCACCCCCAGGGAGCUGGGGCAGGGGGCAGCCGGGGUCUGUCAGCCCCCCAUGUCUCCUGCUUGCCCUAGAGGAGCCCCUUCACCUUCACCCUUCCUUCCCCCGGUUCAGGGUUGAGCCAUGUCCCCAACCCCACUGGUCCAGCUGCCCUGUGGGGUGCAGAUCCUGUCCUGGGGUCCCCUCAUGGGAUCCUGCUCCACCCGGCCCCCGUUAUCCCUCCUGUCCCCACAGGAACCACUUCAUCUCAUCGGGUUUGUUUUCACCUGAAUGGUGACAUUUUGUGUGACAUUUUCUACCUCCACCGCAGCCAGGGGGCAGGGUCUGGCUGGCACCACUGAGUGGGGGCACAUGGGGCCACCGGCAUUCCAGGGGCUCCCCAAAGCGGGAUUCACCCCCAGAUGUUCUCCCCUCCUGGGUUUGGCAUCUCUAUCCACCCAGGAGUGUUUCCAUUCAACCCUCCAUCAGCAUCAGCCCCCUCCAGCCCCCCAGUAUGAACCUGAGCUGGGAUCCUGCCUCCCCCUGCCUGCCCCUGCCUGCCCCGGGAGUGGGGCUGUCCCGGGCUCCGGGUUUGAAUGUGUCCCUGCUCCGGAUCCGUUGGUGUGCGCCCACCCAAGGGGCUGUGCUGAAUGUACCCCAGGCGUGUCCCAAGGGGGGUCAUAUGUGUGUAUAUCAUGUGAGAACGUGUGCAUGUGUGUGUGCAUGCGUGUGCAGGGGCUGGCAGGGGUUUGCAGGGCAGGGACGCUGCCGGACCCCCAUAGCCCUUCACCCGCACUCCCACGGCCCCUGUGCCUUCCCUGUGCCCCCCAUGCCCCCCACAACAGCUAUGAAGGAUCCUGGCCGCUGGCUGCCACGUGCCACGGUGCCAAGCCCUGCCAUGGGAUGGGAUGAGGCACGAGGCAUGGCACCGGCCAUGGGGAGGGCUGGUGUGUGGGAUAUGCGCCUGGGAAUGGCUCUGGCUGCCACCCGCCGUGCUGGGGCGUGGGGUCCCCGGGGGCAGCGUGUUCCCCAUCCCCGUCGGUGUCCCACCGACACCGGGGCGGGCGGGAGCACGGUGUCGGUGUCAUCACGUUGUUUUUAUUUCCCAUUUCUCUGUAGCUGGAAGGCCGGGGCGGGCAGCGGGCUGGGCCGGCGCUGGGGUCACUGGUGCUAACUGGUGCUAACUGGAAGCCUCGGAAUCCCUUUCGGAGGAGGGUGCAGCGCGUGGCUGGGGCCGGGCUCCCCGUGACCUGCACCCCUCCUUCACCACCGGUAUCAGACGGACCCCGUGGUGGGUGCUGAUGGUGCCAGGGGCAGAGCUGGGCACGGGGCAGCUUUGUUGGGGGGGUCUCAUUUCCUCAGGGAAGGUUGGGGGCAGCGGCCGGGGGAGCCGAGCUGGGGUCGGGGCUCAUCCCUGCAGGGGUCCCCUGCAGCCCCUGUGCAUGGGAACUGAGUGCCAGCAUAGGGGGUGUCCUCUGAGCUCCCCCUGCCCCAGUCCCUCUCCCUGUCCCCCCAAGAGCAGAGAGAAGCCACUGGUCAGGUCAGUCCGCACCCCGCAUGCCCUGGGGUUUGCAUGGGGAGCCAGGGGACAGAGGGACACUUUUCUAUGCACUCAAGCCACGGUACCCUCAGCCCUGGGCUGCUCCAGGCAGGGGUCUCAGCAGCAGUGAGCCCCAGGGCUCAGCCUGUGCCGCAGGGGAAGCCAAACCCAGCGCCCCAGUGCCAGCAGCAGCACUGGGACCAGGGCAAGGGGGCACGACCUGGGGCCGAGCUGGGUGCUAUGGGAUGGGGCAGCUCUGGGGGUGCUCAAGCUCCUGCUGGGGAUGGGGGUCCUGGUCCCUGGGGGUGUCCCUCUGGCCACCCUGGCUUCAGGGAGCAGGGAGAGGUUUGGGAUGGGACCCUUGGUCAGGGUUUGCCCCCGGUCAGGGUCGUUGGAUCCCGGUGGGAGCUGCCGGGGGGUCUCGGCCAUAUCCCUGUUCCCCCCCAUGCCGGGACCUGGCGGCCACUGUCACGUACUGUAAAUACUCUGUGUGCCACCUUCCUCUCUGGGACCCGGCGCGGGCAGGGGACGAGGGGGAGGCCGGGUCCGGACCGAGACUUUUUUGUAUACCACAAACUUUUUGUAUAUUUUUAAUUUUGCUGCAACAUGAGAUAUUAAAUUCAUUUCAAUAA